GGUAGGAUGAGUAUGAGAGGACCCCGUAUUAGAGAGCUUCGUAAUUUUAAUCUGAGUUGCGUGCGUGUGGUUAACAACAUUUGAACCUUGGAACCUCCUCCAACAUUCCUCCUAAGUAUCCUAUAGAGAACUGCAUGUUAUACCUUCUUAAAUUCCUGCAUAUUUACCUAUCUUCCAGCAAUGCCUACUCGUCCGUGGGAGUUCAACGAGGGGGGUGACGAGGAGGAAGGGGAGCGCCGUACCUUAUUAGAAGAAGGUGAACAAAAAGCACAGCGUAUCUUUUCCGGCUUCAUCGACUUCGCUUUCUCUGGCAACAUUCUCGAAAUUGCAUUUGGUAUGAUCCUAGCGACAUCAUUCACGGCCCUUACUACUUCCCUCGUAAGCGACAUACUUCUUCCGCCAAUUUCUAUCAUCCUUCCAUUACGAAGGAACAUGAAUGAGAAGUUCGCGGUGCUACGACCAGGGCCGAACUAUAGCAACGAGGAUGGCUAUAACACUCUAGACCAGGCACAGAACGACGGUGCCAUCGUUCUAGCUUAUGGUGGGUUCCUCAACCGAGUCGUCAAUUUCCUAGGCAUCGGCCUGGCUCUCUAUGGCCUGGCGAGUUUGUAUCAGUACCUGUCGCACGAUCCUAUUAUCAAGCAUUCGGUUAAAUGUCGAUACUGUAAAAAGCGCAUUGGUUCGAAGGCGGUUCGGUGCGUAAAUUGCACCAGCUGGCUCGACGGGCGCGAAGAGCGAAUGCGAUAGACGGUCCUAUGGCGACGAAUUAAAUAUUAGGCAGAUUAGAACUUGUCAAGAACAUCGCCAUAAUUGAACAUUCCGUUCUGCUAAGAAUAGAUAUGUUUAGGAGUCAGCCGCCAGCAGGAUCCCGACUGGAUGUUAGUGAGGUUAGGGCAUCACCACUGAGAAUAUCCGCGAAGCAAUCGUCCUGCCAAGCAAUGUUCGUACCUCGCAUCCCUAUAUGAUAUAGUGUCCACGAAGUGACACUAGUGUGAUUAAUAGUUUUGAGAGAUAGUAAUAGGAUCAGGUUGGUGUCGUGAGACAUGGGAUUUAGAAUUUUGAAAUGUCGAGUGCUCGAUUCAAUUUCAUAAAUUAGAUUAACAUUUUAAUAUUGAGAAAUGCAGCUAUGAGA